GAAAAAGUUUAAAGGCAUGCGUUUCGGAGAGCUCACUUGAUUAAAUCUGACAGUGCGCAUUCUAUCAAGAUCACAACCCCGUGCCAAGAGCUUAUCUACCUGUCAAUCUAUAUAAGCGCGCCAUCUAAAAAGAGAGUUUCCACCAUCAAGAUGUCAAACACGGGAGGUCGGCGACUGAAGCAGUGGCUGAUUGAGCAGAUCCAAAGUGCGCAGUAUUCUGGACUCCUGUGGGAGGAUGAAAGCCGCACUAUGUUCCGAAUUCCAUGGAAACACGCAGGAAAACAGGAUUACAACCAAGAAAUAGACGCAUCCAUUUUUAAGGCCUGGGCUGUGUUUAAAGGCAAGUAUAAGGAGGGGGACAAGGCUGAGCCUGCAACAUGGAAGACCAGACUUCGCUGCGCCUUGAAUAAAAGCCCUGACUUCGAGGAGGUGACUGAGAGGUCACAGCUUGAUAUUUCUGAGCCUUAUAAAGUGUACCGCAUUGUUCCAGAAGAAGAGCAAAAACACGGCAAAAGUUCAGUGAUGGCUGUGACAGCUACCACCAGCUCUGGUGAGAUCACAGAUAUGGACUGCAACCCCGAGCUAGAAGAGCUCAUUAAAGAGGAGGAAAGCUGUAGCAUCCAAGCCAGUCCAGAAUAUUGGUCCCAGGGCAGUGUCAAUGCUUUCCCACUGCAUCAGGAACCUUUGCCAUCGAGCAGUCUCAGUUCAGCCCUCUGCCAAAUGAUGAUCAGUUUUUACUAUGGAGGAAAGCUGAUGCACUCCACACUGGUGACUCAUCCUGAAGGAUGCCGAAUCUCUCCGCAACAUCCCCUGGGUCGGGGUGCCCUCUACAGUUCAGACAGCAUGCAGAGUGUUUAUUUCCCCCCUGCUGAACUCAUUGAGUUUGAACGGCAGCGCUAUGUCACGCGCAAGCUUCUGGGCCACCUGGAGAGAGGUGUAUUGGUCCGUGCAAACCAAGACGGCAUCUACAUCAAAAGGCUGUGCCAGAGCCGUGUCUUCUGGAGCGGAUUGGGAGAUGUGGGCUCGCAAUAUGGCUCAAUGCCUGGCAAACUCGACAGGGAUGCUGUUGUCAAGAUCUUUGAUACAGCAAGGUUUCUUCAAGCUCUACAGCUGUACCAGGAGGGUCAGAUUCCUGCUCCUGAUCCAACAGUGACUCUGUGUUUUGGAGAAGAGUUGCAUGAUCACAACAGUGCCAAAAACAAACUGAUCAUCGUCCAGAUCACUUCAGUGAACUGCCAGCACGUGCUUGAGACAAUGAACAUGCGUCGUGCCCAGCCUUAUUGCAACAACCCAAACCUAGAGAUGUCUGAUGAUGCGGCCACUGACCAGAUGGCUCGCAUCUACCAGGAUCUGUGCAGCUACAGUGCUCCUCAAAGGCCAACUUACAGGGACAACAUGCCAAUCACUGCCUAAGAUGUGAGCAGUAAUACCUGACAAGAGCUCUUCAGCUUGCUCUAAACUGAAUACAGAACAUAAGAAGAACAUUCUUUGCUUUUCUAACACACGCUGGCGAGCCAAACGUGAAAGAGCACAUUUCUUCUUUGACUAUAAGACUUUAAAGCUGAAGCUCCAUAUUAGAAAGUCGACAAAUUUUUCUAUACAAGUAAUGUUUACUUUUGUGUAAAUACAGGGCAUAACUCUGCCUAACGUCUGAUUCAUUUUUGUAAGAUGUUUUUUUAUUAUCCAACUUAAGAGAACAGGUAGCAUAUUCAUGCAUGUUCAAAUACUGUAUUUCCUACAACUCAAGUCUUUAUAGAUACAAAUCUUUCGUAUCUAUAAAGAUUUCUAUUCAAAGUCUUUUUGCAAAAUGGCAGCAGUUUGAUAUAUAAAAGCAAUUUAGUUUGCUACACUGAAUUUUAUUUUUGAUAUUCUAUCUUUUUCGUACUUUUUGAGUUUCUUUCUUGUUUGACAACCAGCUGAAUAAACAACCAAAUUUUUAUCAAGUGUUGAGUUGAUAAAAGUUGCAUAAAGUUUUAGAUGCAAAGUGGCAUUUAAUGAAAGAUAGGUUUUACUAUCAGACUUUUUAAAUGAUUGAUCUUUAGUUCAACCUUUUGUAGACCGUGUUUCAAAUAAAACCUUUUUUACUGAA